AUGGACAAAGAACAGCCGGACUCGCCCACCAUUUCCAAUUAUGACGACGACGACCUGUCCAUGGAGGCGUUGCUAAAGAGAAUAGACGACUUCCAGAGGAGGGAGGAAUUGAUUACGAUCGAGAAACUGGAGAAAGAGAUUUCGUCAUUACGAUAUCAGAUUUCAUGCCACCAGAGAAGUCUGCACGUCACCUUUAAUUUGCUGCAAGAAGCCUUUGAUGCAGCCGUCCUUAUCAAGACAGCCCUCCAGGCAUGCGAUGAAGAGGAAGAAAUGGCCAAUGCAGAUUGGCUAGCUUUUUGGGGAAUCCAUAUCGAGACUCGGUCAGCUCUAGAGUAUCGACCGAUGGAGUGGCCUCAGGAAUGGAUCUAG